CCGGCGCCACACUUUAAUAACAGCGCACGCCGUCACGCUCCUUCAUUUUCAAUCCCCAACGCUAUCAACGAGACGAGCGGAGGCGAUCAUGGCGCCGGAGCGGGACGAAACAAACUCUUCCGCCAGGCCGCCGUAUCAAAAUCAGAGCCUCCUCUCGCCGCCGCGCAAGCUCCCCCGCUUCGCCUCCGACGAAGCAGGACUGGUGACGAUGGCGGCGCCGUCGCCCUUGGUACUGGGUUUAGGCCUCGAGCUCGGCCGAGGAAGCCCCACCGACGCGUCGAAGCCGCCUACCUUCACCUUCAUGCAGUUACAGGAGCUGGAGCACCAGGCGCUCAUUUUCAAGUACAUGGCCGCCGGCCUCCCUGUCCCCCUCCAUCUCGUCCUCCCCAUUUGGAAGAGCGUCGCCGCCUCAUCCUUCGUCCACUGCCAUUACCCCUCUCGUUUGUUCCCAUCAAUCCUCUUGAUGGGGUACGGGAGCUUCUUCUUGGACUACCGGAACAACAUGGAACCGGAGCCGGGGCGGUGCAGGCGGACGGACGGCAAGAAGUGGCGGUGCUCCAGAGACGUCGUCCCCGACCAGAAGUACUGCGAGCGACACAUGCACCGUGGACGCAACCGUUCAAGAAAGCCCGUGGAACCCGCUGGUGCCGCCGCCGCCACAUCCACGCAGCUUUCCAUUUCCAUUCCAUCCGCUUUCUCAUCCCCCAACUCCACCAUUAACAACUGUCUGUGAACUUCAUUGGAAGCAGGGGAGGUCAGUUAGAGGUCAUCUUUUUUUGCUUCCCUCAAGGUAACGAGAGAGAUGGAAACGGACUGGACCAGGUGCAGGACCACCAUUGCUGCUGCUGUAGCUGCAAUGGAGAGUGAGAGUGAGUGAGAUGGAGUGAGGGACAGCUCAGAGUUGUGCGUCUCUGCGAUGGCAAAUCAAUUCGCGGUUCUGACACCGUCAGAGGACGGUGCUGCUGGCGGCAGCUUUUUGUUUUGCUUUCGUUAUUUGUAAUUUAUGGGUGUAGUCUGGACAUGAGAACUGAGCUCUCUCAUCGCAGUGCUUCUCAGUGUCUCUCUGUUUUACCAGGAAAAAAAAAACGUUGUAGUUCAUGGAAGAGAUUGAGAUUGAGAGAUGAUGUAUAGAAGGAAGUCAAGUUUCAUGUGCUGGUGUCAAGUUUCAUUGACUA